GGCGCAAGUUUCCCGCCAGUUCGCGGGUCCUCCGUCCUCGUGUUAAAUGUGGCGGAUCAAACACGACCUCAUGUGAGCGAAGGAAACAAGAAACAAAAGACCGAUUUUAUUUGGACCGAUGAUGAGAUUCAACUACUUUUGGAAGCAGUGCUUUCUUAUAAAACAACUUGCGAAUAUGAAGGUAUUUGUUGGGAAUCUGUGAAAGCGAAGUAUCAAAAGAUUAUGGAAAUUUAUGUCGAAAGGUACCCAGGGCCAGACGCAACUGGAGCAAAUAUUACUGAAUUUCCACGAGCUAAUACGCCUGAGUUACUAACCAAGGAAAGGAUUGCUGCUAAACUAAAAAGAGUAAGGACUGGCUACAAAAAGGCAGUUGAUGCAGGCCGUCGCAGUGGGGGAGGAAGAGUUGUUCUAACGUUUUAUGAUUUGUGCGAAAAUGUGUGGGGUGGUUCGCCAGCUGUUGAAAGUAUUAGCGGUGGGAUCGACACGUCAAGAAAAUCACACUUCAGUGACUUCAGAUAGUUCUCUAGACCGGCAAGAUUGUGUCUCGCCCGGUCCGAGUGUGACGAGUAACAAUUCAUUCUUUGGCGAUGUAAAUGAAGGUGAGCGCUCACUUGAUUCACCUCUCCUACCUGGUGAAGAUGAAGAUGAAGAAAGUGAUUUAAACCAACCACUGGCUGCACCGUGUAGUUCUAAAGAUAGACGAGCAAAGAUUUCAAAGUUGUUAACAGACAGAAGGAUGCUAAAAUGA